AUGGAACCCGAAUUUGUUUCAUCUCAGUGUGGAACUCGAAAAUUAGUGAUUAACGGAUUUACAUAUGUAUGUCAACGGAAAGGUGAGAGACGUACACACUGGCGAUGUGAUCGUUAUCAGAAGGAUAAAUGCAGAGCAACUGCUUUAACGGAAAACGGAAAAGUGCAUAUCAAACAUGCAACUCAUAAUCAUCCAGCAAAUACGUCCAUAUUUGUUUCAAAGCGACUUUAUAGCAAAUUGAAAAUGGCGAUGCUACAGUCAUCUGAAUCAGUACCAGAAAUAAUUCGACGUGUGCUGAGUAUGAAUAAUGAGGAAGCAGCAAUCGCAAAAUUGCCCACUUUCGAGACUCUUUGUAAUUCGAUGCGUAAAUUUCGAGCGAAAGUUCAACAGGCUCGAGCAAAUCAAGCUACUGACCCAAGUGUCUUCAGUGUCUUCAGUGUCGAUCCGAGGUUAAGCUCAACCAAUAAUGAUUUGUAUAAUGCAUCUUCUGCUGAAGAAUCUUUUGGUAUCAAUAUCGACGGUUUAAAUUUGUCGAAUAUAGCGGAAUUCAACAGCGGAUCAGCUGGAACGCGAUUCGAUGAACCAAUUAUGGAAGAUGUUGUGGCUACGAGCUCUACGUCUCAGGCUGGUGAUAAGGCUGAUAACAGCGAAAUGAUGGAGUAUAAAGUCUUUGAAAAUGCAAAGACACAACUAGAAAACUGGGAACGCAAACAGUUAUGCAACGUUAGAAAAAUAGCUGAAUCCUCAAUAUCACGGAGGUCAAUAAUGGCAAUGUUUUCGAAUAACGAUGAACCAAAUAAUUCCAGCAAUGAAUAUUACAAUUCGUGUACGUAUGCAGAAUUGGUGCAGUAUAGACAACUCGAAAUACCUUUUCUUAUAGAAUUUUUAACGAAAGCUUUCACCGAAUUGAGCCAUUUAGAAAAGGAUAUUAAGGUUUCAAUUUUUAAGAAUUUCGCGCCUUAUUUUUGGUUAAUUGAAAUUGGUUAUUCAUCAAUUAAUUUCGAAACUGGUUCAAGGAGACUUAUUGUUUCAAUGUUGCGUUAUGUCGAUUCAGUUUGUCUUCCAGAUUUUCUCGAAAAAAAGAAAUCCAGUGAAAAACUAAUGAGUUCAUUUUGUGAAUUAUUUGACGGAAUUCACGAACAUAUUGUGGUACCAAUGCAAUCUAUGAAAAUUUUAGAAGGGGAAUUCGCUUUGCUUGUUGCUCUCCUUUUAUCGGAAUCCGGUGCAAAAUUGGAUUCAAACGAUGAUCUUGUCGCUAUUCGUGAUAAUGUACUUCGUGAAAUUGAGAGUUAUUAUCGUUUUAACAAUAUUGAAUGUUAUGCUUUUCGUAUUGCCGCUUUAGUUCGAAUGACUUUCUUUGUUAUGGAACUCAGGAAACAAUUUUCGAGUCAAAUGGAAGAAAUUUCUGUUGAUAAUGUUUUUGAAGUUGCCCCAUUUUUUUGA